UUCGUCAUGUCCCUUUUCCAAAAUCUCGCAGAUUUUCCGGAGCUUUUGCCCGUAAAUCGCAAUUUUUAUACCGAAACAUCACGAACAGCAGAAGAAUCAACCUUACCUCAGAGAGUUUUUUGCUGUCCAGUUUGCCGAUCUCGCUUUUUGCAUCUGACUUCCUUCAUCGUUUGCUGUGCAAAUCAUUUGCCUUUCCCGAUUGACUUGAAUGGACCAACUGAUGAAUUGGAGAGGGAUUUCACUCUUUUAGACGUAAAACCUGAGACUUCCGAAGGAUACGAAGCACUUUACACGCAGCAACGUUCAACAAAAAUUUGCAGGGAGAGCUCGGAAGAAACUGAAUUUCUUGUUAAAAAAUUAAAAAUUAUCGUAGAAAAAUUAUAUUUGCCUGGAAUUCUGAAAAAUGAUUGGAUUUACGUGCCAAAACGGAUGAAAAAAGACAUUUCUUGGAUUUCUGAAGACCAAAUCAAGACAGAAUCGAUCUCGAGUAACAACAACAAUGAUUUUGAUGAUAAAUUUUCAGAAAUUGACUGUCCGAAAGUCGAAACUACAGACACUAAAGAGGCAAAUUCGUACUUUAUUAAACAAGAAGAAAUUCCGAAUAUUCCCCAAUUUCAAGGAUCAAAAUACAUUUUUGGAGUUUACAGCGAACGAAGGUACAAAAAGAUCAAGGAAUCGAAGAAAAAUGGAAAAAUUUCACGGAGAAAAGUGAAAAAAGAAGAAUUAACUGAGGAAGAAGACGAGUCACAAAAUUUCUUGCGCCCAAAGAAAAAUUAUUAUAAAGAUGAGGCCAAAACUUGUAAGAUUUGCGGCAAAACGAGGACAAAGUCAAAUAUUCGGAGGCAUGUUGCUGGUCACUGUGCUGAAGAAGACGAUCUUGACUGCAAAAUUUGCUUCGCUACACAAACAGCUCCCAACAAACUGCGGGAACAUUAUUCGCGCGUGCAUCAAGUCAAAUUCCGCGAAUAUCUCUACAACAUGCAAAAGGAAAAAAUGCAAAAUGGCUCAAUUUCUACAGAUUCUGUCACCUGCACCGUUUGUUACACCAACAUGAAAUCCGAAUCCGACUUGAAAUAUCAUUACGAAAUGCUUCACAGCUACAAAGAAGGCGGCGGCAAAAGCAAAGGAACCUUAGAAUGCAACAUUUGUGGAAAAACUUUCGCCGCAGUACAAAACCGAAAUUUGCACAUAAGACGCAUUCACAAGCAAAUUCCCGAUGGUUCAGUCUUUUGUCAUUAUUGCGGAAAGGAUUUUGUGACGAAAGGUUUCCUUUUGAGCCAUUUCCGGAAUUUACAUUUCGACGAAAAGGGCGAAUUUAAAAACUCCGGCGGUCAAACCACGAAAAAAAGGUAUAAACAUCCUCCGAAACAGGCAAAUACCGAGGAAAUUGCGAAACAUUACAUGCAUUAUAAAGUGCACUCGAUUUGUGAAAUUUGUGGCUUAAUUAAGGAGUCGAGAUUUGCUCUCAUGAGGCAUCGAUACGAAAAACACGGAGUCGUUGAUUCGGGUUAUUCUAAAAUUAUUGAUCGUGAUCGCGAAGAAAAUGAUUGCUCGGUUUGUGGAAAACAUUUUACGUCGCUGAGGAAAUGGAAAGAUCACGAAAAAUAUCAUCAAAAGGAACAAGCUAACUUGUUUUGUCAAGUUUGUGGAGCAAAGUGCAAGACAAUAACAUAUCUGAAGUCUCACAUGUUACGCCAUGGAGAAAAACAAUUUGUCUGUGAUUUCGAAGGAUGCGGAAAAUCGUUCGCCUAA